CCCCUUUUCCUUGCGCACGUGCUCGUCCCGGAGGCCUCGAACACCACCGCCGGCGACCACCGGAAAAGAGGGACCCACGACGACAGCGAUGGCGCUCAGCCACGGGGUACGGGCCAGCCUACGCUUCCUCGUCUCCAGCGCCGAGGCCGCCGCCGCCUCCGCUUCUCGUGGAUUUCAUUCCACUGGAGUGAGGCGGAUGGGAGCACACGCGCAUGAUGAGCCAUACUACGUCCAUGCAAAGCACAUGUACAACCUGCACAGGAUGAAGCACCAGCAGCUUAAGGUUUCCCUCGCCGUGCUGGCUGCCGUGGGCACUGGUGUUGGAGUCCCUGUGUACGCAGUUGUUUUCCAGCAGAAGAAGACUGCCUCUGCAUAGUUUGAAAUACCAAAGACAGCACAGCUUAAAAUACCUGUCCAUGAGGAUAUCUUUUCCCAUUCUCCCAUGGCAUUUUGAGAAGUUCAAUCUGGAGCUUCAAUUUUACUUAGUCAUUUCUCUGCUCUCUCUUUACACAGGCUUACCCUUUGUUAUCGGGUCUUGACGUAGGAACAACUGUCCCUUUUAAUAAUACAGUGGCCUGAACUUACCAUAUUGUAAUACAUUCUGAUUUUUCUUAUCCGGUUUCCCAUAUAUUCUUAAAUGAAUCAAAUGUUACACUUC